GGCAUCUUUCGAGCAGCUGCUCGCCUGUUGUUUUUUUGUGCUCUGCUCUUAACUUUUUGUGCGUUAUUAACAAAUUUCCCCGCCUCGCCGUGUUAAUAACGAUUAAACAAUCCUGCGUGUGGCAACAAUUGUAGCAUUUACAUAAUACAUAAAUACAUUACAUUUACAUAAAAGCGAUGCAAAGCCAAACCUGAGCGAAAACGUAUGGCGAAAAAAUAUGUAAAGGGGAAGGGUCAGAGAGGCCAAAGAGGAGAGGCAACUACACCCAUCGCACAAAAAAAGCAAAACUACGUUCAAUCUGUUCCUAUUUAAUGUUUACUAGUUUGCCUGUUUGUUCACCAAUUAAAUCAUUCCCACCGAUCGAAUUCCUGCAACAAGGACAACGCCUUUGCACUCAGGGCUUUUGCUCAUGCCAUGUGGCGAGAAUUGCGACAGCUGCCGCCACCGCCAUCGUUAAUCCAGCGGCUGGGGUAAGGCAGAAGCAGGGAAACAGAAACGGCAACAGAAACAGCAACAGAAGGCUGUUAAACGUGGCGACCUUCGUACACAACCCACAACCCAGACUCUUUCCUCAACCAAAAAGCCCUACCCAUCUAAAGCUGUUUUUGUUGCAGUGCCUGCAUUAGUCAUCGGAGGAACGAGGAGAAUGACAGCCGACCCAAGGGAACAGCGACACAACGAGCCCCAAGCGGAAGCAAAGCAGCCAUCAAACAAACAGUUGGCUAAUUAAUAUAAUAGCCAGAGGCAAAGGCAACGGCAAAGAAAGAACGUAUCCACUGGACGAAAUGUUCAAGAUUAGGCAGAGGAAUUGUAUGCUGAUUGUGACGGCCCUCGUGCUGGCGCCCUGCAUUGUGAUAUUGAUGGUGAUGGCACCAGAACUAUCCACCGAACAGUCGCUAACACAGCGGGUGGCCGAGUGCCAUAUGCGGCUGCAGUACCUGGAGUCCAUGUACAGAGCCAGACAGGAGGACGUUGCCCUGCUCUCCCAGUACUUGGGCCAGCUGCAGUCGGGAAACGGGAGCGCGGCGAGUUCCCCGCCGCCACUGCCAGUGGCCAAUCUGCUUGAAGGCCUCAGUCCCGAGGCAAGACAGCUGUUGAGGAAUGCCUCACACGUAGCGAAAGGUGGGGGAUGGAAUGGUACGAUGACCAGGGCCCAGAAUAUACGGCUGCCCAACGCCUACCACUUUCUGCCUCAUCUCCUGGAUGAUGCGGGCUCCCUACGUCCAGCCUACCUGCAGAGCAAAGGCCGCACCGAUGUCAGCAUCGUUCUGGGGGUCCCCACAGUGCACCGGGAGAAGCAGUCCUAUCUUCUGGGCACCCUGCACAACCUGAUAGAGAACAUGAACGAGGAGGAACAGAACGAGACGCUCAUCAUUGUGUACAUCGGCGAGACGGACCUCGAGGCAGUGCAGCUCAUAGCCCGGCAGAUCGAGACCAGGUUCGAGCAGCAAGUGGAAAGCGGACUGAUCGAUAUCAUUGCGCCGGCGCCCAGCUAUUAUCCAAACUUUGAGCGGCUGCGCAUCACGCUGAACGAUCCGCUGGAGCGGGUGAAGUGGCGCAGCAAACAGAACCUAGACUUUGCCUACCUGAUGGCAUAUGCCCACUCGAAGGGCACCUUCUAUGUGCAACUGGAAGAUGACAUCCUGACCAAGCGCCAGUUCAUAACGACCAUGAAAAAGUUCGCAUUAAUCAAGAGCGCGCUGACCAAGCCGGAUCAGCCGGCCUGGUUUGUCCUGGACUUUUGCCAACUCGGUUUUAUUGGCAAAAUGUUCAAGAGCGCCGAGCUGCCCUACCUGAUUACCUACUUCCAGAUGUUCUACAACGACAAGCCCGUCGACUGGCUGCUCACAUACUUUAUUGAGUCGAAGGUCUGCCGCACGGACAAGGACCAGAAGCACUGCAACCAGGAGAAGGCCAAGUACUGGCAGCACUUCCGUAAGUCGUUGUUCCAGCACAUUGGCACCAGCUCCUCGUUGAAAGGAAAGGUCCAGAAGCUGAAGGACAAGCAGUUUGGCAGCAAGGUGCCCCAAUACUAUGCCCACACCCACAACCCUCCAGCGCUGGUCAAGUCCAACAUUGCUCCGUACAAGAACUAUCUGCUGAAGCGUGCCUAUCGCGGGGAGUCCUACUUCUGGGGACUGCUGCCCCAGCCUGGCGACCUAGUGCAGUUUGUCUUUGAGCAGCCCACGCUCCUGCGAAGAUACCUCUUCCGCAGCGGCAACUCCGAGCACCCCUCGGACCGGUUCUACAACACCACCGUGGAGCUGCUGCCGGCGGACACCCUAAGCGAGAACUCGUCCGUGUGGAGCAACUACAACACCACCACCGAUGGUUACUUGGUAGUGGGCUCCUUUGAUCACUUGGGCGUUGCCGAGGGCCUGCUGGACCCCAAGAUCGGGGCCAUCAAAGAGCUGCGUCUGCAUGUCCACUCCGACAGUGAGAACUGGGCCCUGCUCAGCGAAAUUGAGCUUCAGGAACUGAACAGUGAUGGCCGGUCGGAGGCGAAUCUGGCCAAGCCGCGAUUCGUGACGGGCAGCUGAUUGCUGCAUCGCCACAGGCAGCGACAGGACGUAGAGGAUUAGCCGCUUCUGCUCCUGCUCUUGCUCCUGCUUAUACCCCUAGUCCUCCUCCAUAAUUGUCUAUAUCUGUAUAUCUGUGUGUAUAUUUUUCGAAUGAUACUUUUACCCUCGAUUAUCUAAAUGUGUAAAUAAUCUCCAAGCAUGUAACGCUCUCUCACUCUCUCUCUAAACUGUAAGCAGUCAACGGAGUAGCAGGACUUGUGUCGGCCUGCAGGCUCUCUCCAGCAUCCCCAGAACCAAUUUGUGAGUGUGGCACGAAUGUCCCGAGCUUGCAGUCCUGCAAUGGGUCCCCAUCCCCUCUCUCAUUGUAUUCCUACAUUGUAUUGUACAUCCAAAUGGAUUCUAUAUGCUUCAAGUGCCCCUUACAAUUGUUCAUGCGUUCAUACUCAUAGCUGAAGCGGUUCCCUUCAAUUCCUAUGUUACUCGAAUAUUAACUUAUGGUUUAUUCUGUUUUAGUUGUAAGUGUUAACUUGAUUUUACAUACAUAUUGGCAGAUGCAAAAGAGACCAUUCCAUUUUGCUUUUUUCCCCAUUUGCCGAAUCUUAUAAGUGAUUUUAUUGCUGGCAUCGAUCAAAUUGAGUAUUUAUUGUUAUAUACAUAGUUUCUGGCUUUCAAGAACUUCAUUGGGCAAGUAGACUCACUCAGCUGUAGACCGCCAUAACCGACAUACCCACAUAAAUAUCCAUAUGUAUGUAUGCAUAGACCUAAUUAAUAACACAAUGAAACGUUUUUCUAGCAUUGUUGCUUUUUUACUGUGAUUUGUUAAUAAUUUUUGCAUACAAAUGAACAAAACUUAACAACUAAAUUAUACAUACUUACAUACAUAAAUAUAUACACACAUUAAUAUUUAACGAACGCUGAUUAGAAAUUGUAAAAGCGAAAAUUCCAAAAAUAUUUAAGAAACGAAAACUUAUACAAACGAAAUUGGUUUAAUCGAAUUGGAAAUGCCAAAUUUUUUGAUAGAAUAUAAAAAUGGAAAGAAAUAACAAGAAUGAUAAAUAUUUCAACUUAGUUCCUGUUGAGUAACGAGAAUUGUUAUAUAUAGCAGCAAAUAAAAAACUAUGUUAAACACUUUGUUCGGGUGCCUCAGGCCCUGGAAUUGUCUAUUUUCGAAAUAUAUGUAUGUAUGUGUAACUUUCCCCAAAACUAAUUUCGAACGCUGCUAUAUAUGAUAUAACAAAUAAUUUAGACUGCUUUCGAUAAUAAUUUACAGCACUUGCGCUCCUCAUAUUCUCGAACAAUUCAUUUUGCCAAAUCCCAAUUAGCAAGCUACAAUAAUAGUUGAUAGUGGAAUUCAAGUGGAUGUUGAUCGAUUUGAAUAUGAAUUUUACAUUAGCUGGCAUUAUACGAAUAGUACGCCCCCGCCCUCCAACACACACACACACACACAACAUCGAGAAACCCAAGCCGUUGAAAACAACUCAAAACCUAAUUGAAACAGUCUGUUUGUUUGUUUCAACAAAUGAACAACAAAAUAUGCGUGUAAUUGUGUAUAAGCUUAAUAAAUAAUUCAAGUAUUUCAGAAAAGGAA